UAUAAAAAUUUCAGAUGGAAGUGGAAGAUAAAAAAGUGAUUUUGAAAGAUGCAUCAUUUAACGGAAUGAACGGAAACGGAAACAUUGAGUUUAAAGACGAACCCUUGGACAUCAAAAGUGAAAUUAGUGCCCUUAACGGUGAUAUGAAACCUCUCGAUAUUGAAAUGGAUUUCAAAGAAGAACCCAUUGAUGUUAAAAGUGAUUUUACUCAAAUAAUUUCACUGGCCGACGGGACGGAUAUCAGACUGGAUCUCUUGGAGGAACACCCCCAGAAACCCGUCCUGACCAAGGUUCUCCGUAGGGAGGAGAUACAGGACGCCCUUGAUCAAUCACUAGAUCCUAAUGAUGAGGAUUAUCAAGAGAGCGAGGAUGGAUCGGAGGAUGAAGAUAUUUCAGGGGAGGAGGCGAGUAAGAGACCAAGAUUAGAUGAGGAUGAUGGUAAUUUAAGAAAAUCCGGAAGAGAGAGAAAAAUACCGAAAAAGUUCGACACCCCACCUCAAACCAACAAAAGAUCGCACAAGAAGAAAGAUGUGACGGAAGAAUCGGAUGAGGACGAGUCCGAUACCAAGAAGCGAAAACGAGGUCGAGAGAAAAAUCCUCCAAAGCCGAAACCGGUCGCAAAACCCUCAAAUGAUGCAUCACCUAAGAAGGCAGUUCGAAAGAAGAAGAAACAGAUUGAUAAAAAGAAGAACGAAGAUGACUCGGACGGAAGCGCGGAUGAGAUUGUCUCUAAAUCCUUCAAAAAGCGAUUAAAACAAAAAUCCAAGGAUUCUGAAUUGAAUAAAUCUGGUCGAAUUAUGGAGAGGAAAAGAGUCAAGUACCAAGAGGAAGACGAAGAACAUAGUUCAGAUCUAAGGAGUGAUCUUGAAGAAAUGGAUUAUAUUCCUGCUUCUCUGGUGCCAGAGGAAGAAGUUGAUACCAUAGACUUUGUUCUAGAUCAUAGAAUAGGUAAGGUUGGAGCUACUGGAGAGUGUACUAUGCACUGGACAGUAAAGAUAAAUGGAGACCCUAACCUCACCUUGGAGACAGAGGAGACGGAGCAGCAGUUCCUCAUCAAGUGGAAGGGUUGGUCACACAUCAACAACACAUGGGAGACCGAGGAAACCAUUGGUGCUCGACGGAAGGGAAACCAGGAUGUGAAGGGAUUAAGAAAGCUUCACAACUAUCAGAAUAAGUUGGCAGAAUUUAAUACUUGGAAGAAAAGAGCCAGCCCUGAAGACGUGGAAUACCAAGAAAUUGAAAUAGAACUUGGCCGUCAGACUCUGGCUACCUAUGCUGAGGCGGAGAGAGUAUUCUCCGUGAGGCGGAACGAGGGCGGAGGAAAGGAUUAUUAUAUAAAAUGGCGGAAUCUGUCGUACUGCGAGGCUACUUGGGAGGACGAGUUUAAUGUUACUAAUUACUAUCAGGAUCAAUUAAAGGCGUUUGAAGAGAGAACAAAAAGCAAGAAUUUCCCAAAGGAUUACAAUGACUCCAUGAAGUCGGUAGGAAAUAUAUGUAUUUUCAUGUUUUGUAGAUUGCGUGAUUAUCAGCUGGAGGGGUUGAACUUCAUGGUGAACGCCUGGGCGAAGGACAACAGUGUGAUCCUGGCUGAUGAGAUGGGGUUGGGCAAAACUAUUCAGACAAUCUGCUUUCUCAAGUAUUUGUGGCACAACUUCCCGUUCAAGGGUCCUAUGUUGGUGUGCGUCCCCCUGUCCACCAUGGCGGCCUGGCAAAAGGAGUUCGAGCAGUGGGGCCCCGAGCUCAACACCAUCACGUAUAACGGGAACACCGCCAGUAGGGCCAUCAUCAGGGAGUACGAGUGCUUCAGCAAGAACGGGCAGAUCAUCUUCAACGUGUUGCUGACGAACUACGAGAUGGUUGUGAAGGAUCGACAGCAUUUUAGUGAGAUAGAAUGGAGUAAUAUUGUGAUAGAUGAGGCACACAGGCUCAAGAGUGAGGAUAGUUUACUCUACAAGGUUCUCAAGGAUAUUGGGUCAAAACAUAGGCUCCUCCUUACAGGAACCCCUCUACAGAACUCUCUAAAGGAACUCUGGUGUCUACUCAGCUACAUCAAACCUCCAGAUCUUCAGGCUUGGGAUGAGUUCCGGCUGAACUACGGUACAGAUCAGGACAAAGAAAAUGGUUACAAUAAACUUCACACACUUCUCAAGCCUUACAUCAUCCGGCGGUUAAAGAAGGAUGUAGAGAAAUCACUUCCCGGCAAGGUUGAGCAAAUUCUCCGGGUUGAUAUGACAGUACGACAGAAGAGACUAUACAGACUAGUUCUCACCAAAAACUUUGAUGCUCUGGCAAAAGGGAAAAAUCAGGUGAGUCUGUUGAACAUCUUGAUGCAGCUGAGGAAGACCUGUAACCACGCUGAUCUGAUCCAAGAGCAAGACGAGAACCCGAACACAUCAUCGGCGGACCGACUGCAGCAGCUGAUUUAUGGAUCCGGUAAACUGGUUCUGCUGGACAAACUUCUCACCAGGUUCCGGGAGAAGGGAGACAGGGUUCUCAUCUUCUCUCAGAUGGUUAAACUACUGGACAUCCUGGAGGAGUAUCUCAACCUGAAAAGAUAUCCGUUCCAACGCCUGGACGGAUCUGUUCCGGCCGAGCGCAGAAAACAAAGUAUUGCCGCGUUUAAUGCCAAGAAUUCUAUGGAUUUCUGUUUUCUUCUCUCUACCAAGGCUGGUGGUCUGGGAAUUAAUCUGCAGACUGCAAACAGAGUCGUCAUAUUCGACAGCGACUUUAACCCUCAGAACGAUCUCCAGGCCAUUGCCAGAGCUCAUAGGAUCGGGCAGAAGGAGGAAGUCAAGAUUUUCAGGUCCGUAUUCUCUUACGGUUCCAGCCUUAAGGACAGGCAAGGGAAGAUCCAGCCUUUUAACAAGGACGAGCUCAACCUUAUCCUCAAGUUCGGAGCUCAGGAUCUGUUUAAGGAGGAGGAGGGAGAUCAGGAGAAGGACGUGAACCUGGACGCUAUCCUUGAGAGCGCUGAGAUGAGGGAGGAGGAGGAGGCUCCCAUCAGUAAAGCGAACAAGGAGCUCCUCAACGCAUUCAAGUGUACAACCCUGCAGUUCGAGGAGACAGAGAAGGAUUAUGAGAUGGAAGAUGCUCGUGGUGAUAUUGACUGGAAUGACAUUAUCCCUGCUGAAAUGGUGGAGAUGCAUAAAGUGAAGAAGGGGGUUGAAGCAUACAGUGAUCCAGAGGAGCUAUUCAAUCCUAUAGCACACAGGAGAAAGAAAAGGCAGAAGAAGAAGGUAGCUGUUGAUCAUUCUAUUGCUAGCACAGAGGGUAGUAGGGCUAACAGCGACCAGGAGGACUCAGAUAUCAGUAUUCAUAGCGACAGUGAUAUGAGCGACGGCGAGAAGGAAAUUAGGAAUAAACUGAGGUUAAUGGAACGGGGUAAACCUGAUCGAACUGAGAUGAAAGCAACCUAUAGUAAGAAGAAGUUUAUCUGUCUUGUCUGUAGUAAACGGUAUGUGGACGGAUCUGCUCUAAGAAACCAUAUGUCUGGUUACCACAACAUUAUAGACUACAAGGUCGUCCCCGAGAACAGGAUCUCCGGGGUCACGGACAAGGAGGUCCUGGAAAAGAGGAAAAGGGGGGUCAAGGCUAUGAACACCAGAUGUUUCAAGUGCAACAAAAGUUUCCAACAAAGAAUCGGGUAUAAAAACCAUCUGAGAAAACGGCACGACGGGAUAGAGCCCCCGGAGAACAGGGAUCCAGCCAACCUGGCGAGGCCUGAUGACCGAAUUGAUUGUCUGAUCUGUGAUAAAAAGUUUACCUCUGUCCUUGGAUUAAAACUGCACAUCAACCGACUCCAUCUCGGACUCCAGGCAGAUAACGAAGAGGAGGAGGAUGAGGAUGAGGAUGAAGACGGAGAAAACAAAACUCCGAAGCCUAAAACUGACAGUGAAGAUCUGUGCGAGGAAGACCGUCGCUUGAUUGAGCGGAUGUACUAUCGCAUGCGGAAGUAUGCUUGCAAGUUCUGUCCAGCUCGCUUUAACGACAAGAUGAAGUUUGCCAUGCACGAAGCUGUGCACGCACAGUCAAAGAAACCAGUGAUGUGUCCUUACUGUGAGAAAUCUUAUUCCCGUCGCGACAAGCUUCGCGAGCAUAUUGGGCGGUCUCAUCUUGGUAUGCCGAUGCCGGAGCCGAUACCGCGAAGAAAUGAAAUUGUUGGACUCAUAUCUCGUGAUAUGGAAUCUCCAGAACCUAUUCGAACCAAGUACACUAUAGAUGAUUAUGUCAUGGUUGAGGGAAGGUAUAAAUGCCCAGAGUGUUCCACUCUGUUCCUAUCCUUUUCUGGAGUUGAGCUCCAUGUGAGAGAGGAACAUACAGAGAAAGGGUUCAAGUGUCAGAUAUGCAUGAUGGCCUAUAUCGACAAGAAAGGGUUGUAUCAGCAUAUGUUCAGAAAGCAUCCUAAGCAACCAAUGGGGAUGCCCAUUGAAAACCCGUUUGUCAUGUCCAGUUUGAAUAAAGCACCUACUUACUCAUCACCUGAAACUCCUGAAAAGGAUUCUAACAUUCAACCAAUCAGAUUAGCGGACGGAACUCUUAAAUGUCCUCUUUGUCCCAAGACCUACUCUUCUCAGGGUGGGUUUUGGAUUCACAAAAAAAAUCAUCACGGCCCCGGUGCUGUCACUUCUGCUGGUCCCAACUCUCAGCCAUUCUCAGAUUUAAAGAAGAAAUUCUGGUGUGAGGUAUGUGGGAAAUAUUAUUCAAGCUACACCAGUUUGUAUAUUCACAGGAAGAACUUGCAUCCUAUGGAGUCCCCUCGUCCAGGGGCAACUUUCACUCGUGUCAUCACAGAUAAUGUGCCCAUGGUGAUACCACCCAAAUCCACACCCCUGGUGGUAAAUGUGGGUGGUGGAAGUAUGCACACGUGUUUAAAGUGCCGCGGAGAAUUCCCUUCUUUGAAACUUCUCGCGCUUCACAUAGAGGAGGUGCAUCAGGGAACCCAGAGCUCUGGGGAAGAGGGGACAUCCUCUGGUUCUAAACUGAUUGAUUGUCCGUAUUGUAUAAGUGCCUAUCCAAGGCGGGACAAAUUAAACGUUCACAUCAAGAAAACUCAUCCUGGGCGUCCUAUACUCAGGUCGGAAAUUUCACCGGUCAAAAUCCUACCAAAGCCAGAUACUAAUGGGGAUAUGGCAACCGUUACCCCUGUUACUCCGACCAUGGACGGCUCCUUCAUUAAGAAGAACAAGUACAAGGAGAAAUGCUUCAAGUGUACCCAUUGCGGUAAAGGAUAUGUCAGUGUUCAACGGUUGAAAGCGCACAUUGAAACCCGACACAUGAAAUCUAAUGACCCGUUCCCAGACGUUGAGCCCAACACUGAUAUUGUGGUGCGAAACAAUCGUAGCCCCAUCGGCUACGAUAUUUACAAGGUGCUCUGCGUCUACGCCUCUGGUUUCAAACUAAAAUGUGCCAAAUUCCAGUUCGAUGGAACCGAUUCCUGGGUUCUCACGGAGAUGAUCGACAAGAAUGUAUCUAAGCGAGAUAUUAUCAUGAUACUCACCACACUCCGGCGUAUAGCUGAGAGAAGGUAUAAGAUGGAUCCUAAUGAGUAUCUCCGUCUUCUCCAGUGUGUCAGCAGUGCUGCAUUAAACCAAGAGAACUCAAUGAACUCUAGUGCUAGCGGGGCUCCAGAAGAUGAAGAGAAUGGAUCCCAACUCCAGGACCCUCUGGCGAUUACAAAUGGGACUAAAACAGAUGAUGCUGGGGAUGAGGAUGAGGAUGAAGAUGAGGAUGAGGAUGAAGAUGAGAUUGAGGAUGAUUUGGAGGAUGAGGAAGAAGAGAAGUAUAUUGCCAGAGCAGUAGCUACAGCUAAGUAUGCUGCUGCUGCUGCCGAGGAUGAUGAUGAUGAAGAUGAUGACGAUGACGAGGAUGAGGAUGGUGAAGAAGAAGAUGAAGAGGAUGAAGAGGAUGAUGACGAGGAAGAGGAUGAGGAUGAUAUACCAAUGCAGUUUAAUCCUCAAACCGCCAACACCCCAUUAAAUGGUGGUGCCCAUCCUUAAUCCUAUUUUGAAAACAAAUUCUAAACCCUGAAUUACUAAUCCUAAUAAUAUUCUGUACGCCAUACUAUGCUCAUUUGGACUCAAGUUAUACAUAAUAUAAAUCAGUUAAAACGAGUAAAUUGUGUAAAGAACAAAUACGCCUUAAUCUUGUAGUUUAUUAAGAUCUACGAUUAUGAAUUCGUGUAAAUUAGAAUUAAUCUGUAAUCUCGCCUUAAUCCUUUAAAAAUCAAUUGCUUUAAAAAUAAUACAUUUUCCAGCAAUUUAUGCAAAAUAUAAGGAAUCUAUGCAAAUCAGUUACCAGAAUUUCAUAUUAAAAGCAUGCAAAAUUGUUCCGGGUUUUAGAUGUAAUCUAUUUCUGAACUAACCCAAUAGCAGAUUAAUUAUUUGAUCAGCUAGAAGUAUUUAGCUUGUUAGCUAUCAUUGGCAUCACAAGUAUAAUCAAUUAUUAGAUAAAUUUUCUAAAGCUGUGGUAAUUCCUACGAUAUCCGAUUUAAGUUUUAAACAUGAAACAUACAAAAAUUUCCUCUUUUGCCUUGUACUUCAAACAUAUUUUUCAUGUACGAUCAACAAGAGUAGUGCUAAUUUAAUUUUGUACAUCUGUACACCGCAUGUGAUAUCGUACAGACAGCUGUAAUGUUCAGUAUUGACUUAAACCAAAAUAGAUCUUGUAUAUAAUCCUUUUUUCAGAAAUAUACUGGAAAUUACAA